AGAAUCAGACAUGUAGUGAGCACCGUCUAACCUCGUGUGAGACAAUUGCAAUUUAUCUCAAGCUUAUAAAUAAGGAGCAUAGAUCAGCAUUUCAAUUCAAGUGCUCAUUCAUUCCAUAACAUACUUUGUAGAUUGGAACACUCUAUUCUCUACCACCAAAUUUUAGCAAAUUAUGGCAAGCCAACAACAACAACAACCCUCUCCCCCUCGCCCAUGGCUCCGAAUUGCUUCCAUGGCUCGCCCAACCGCCCGAACCCCAACCCCACUGGCUCAACCUUCUCCUCCCCCCCAGCCAAGGCCACCUUUUAUCCGACCCACAUUUAACCAAACACUUGCUACCCCAACUCCGCCACCGCCACCGCCGCCACAAACACCACCUCCAACCACCACAACAUCUUCUUUCUCGGCACCACCCUCUCCAAAACUAUUGCCACCUUCCCCACCACCACCACCACCACCUCCUCCAGUAUCUGCUGCUCCCUCCCCCACCACCACCACCACCGCGACCGCUCGUGUGGCCACCCCAGUACCCUCCCCCACAACCACCAAACCUCAAGCAAACACCCCAUCUCCAUCCCCUAUGAUCAAGCCCCACACUCCUCCACCAUCUCCACUUAAGCUUCCUCCUCCGGCAGCCCAAUUAAAGUCCAACAACAGUCCUCUGGAAGACGACCAGAAAACCGUCCUGGUCCAAGAAAAAACCGUUGAAAAGCCUAUGGUGAUUCCCAGAGCUUCCAACCCAGACCUCCAAUGGAAAAUCAAUAACACCAGAACUAAAGAUUAUGGAGUGUUUGGGAUGAGGGUUAUCACAAUUGCAGGGGAAAACAGAGGUGCUGUCAUGGAGUUGAGUCAUUCUUCUUCCGACAAGCCUCAGAUUCUUUACAAGAAAGCCAGUGAUGGCGAAAAAUCGGGAAUGGACAGCAGCAAUGAUGAAGAAGGGAAGAAGAAGAACAAAGACAAGAGUAGUGAGAAAGCAAUGGCAAUGCAUUCUUCUUCAUCAUCACCACGGAAUGUAUUCCUGAACAGCAAUGUACAGGGUGAGAACAAUUCAUUACUUUACAAUUGUUCUUGCACUCACAAUGACCCUGGUAUCCACCUUUCUCUUUCAAGAAACACCAAUGGUAGUGUUAAAGACCGCAUGCACAGCCAGAAAUAGUCAUUCUAGGAAGACAGAGACUAGAACCGGACACAGAAAACAAAUUAAUGGAUAAGAUUUUUGAAAAAAUUACUAUCUGUUCGUGCGUUUUCUGUGGUGUCAGGUUGUGUUUGAUUUUUGUGUUUCUAGCCUUGAGAAAAAAUCAAAAAAAGAAAAGGAGGGAAUUAUUUGCUUUUGAGUUUCAUUUUGAUGUACUAUAUUUAUAUAUAUGCACUAUAAUGAGAAUAAUGUGAGUAGAGUGAUGAUGAAAAGGGACAUGGAUUCUGAUUCUUCCAUUGCUGCACUUCAUUGUCAUGGAAGGUCACUGAAAAGGGUCCAUUGGCCAGUCUUAUAUUAUGUGUUUGGUAAGCGUGAAAAUAAAUUAUGUAUAAGGAAGCAAGUACUAUCAUGGGAAUAAGUGGUGGGAGAAAAUCCAAGUUGGAUGACUAGCUACAUUGUACUACAGAUAAAGCAAUGUUGGAAACGUGAUGGUUCAAUUUUCCUCAAGUUAAUUACAUGCAAUUAGUUUUUCUA